GCCUACCGCGCUGUGUUGGGGCUGGUUCCCGGGUGGGCACACCGGAGCUGCGCUCCCGGCGCGCCAUGGCCGGGCUGUUGACGCUGCUUGGCCCGGCAGGAAGAGUGGGCGCCCGGCUGCGGCCCCUGGCCCCUUGGCUCCUGGGAACCGCCACCUCCUGUGCUCCACCGCUCUGGGCCUUGGCCUUGUCCCGCCCCGGUCCGGACACGCGACUGCUGCGCACGGCCCGCGGGGACUGUCUCCGCCGCCAGGAGCCUAACAGAACCACUGAGCCAGGAAGCGGGGCCACGGGCACAGAGAAGCAGCUCAGCAAAACACAGCAGCUGAAGAAGGUUUUCCAAGAAUACGGGGCCGUGGGCGUUUCGCUGCACAUUGGGAUCUCACUGGUCUCCUUGGGGAUAUUUUACACCGUUGUUUCCAGUGGCAUAGACAUGUCUGCAAUCCUGCUUAAGGUUGGCUUUAAAGAGUCGCUGGUGCAGUCCAAACUGGCAGCAGGCACCAGCACGUUCGUGGUGGCCUAUGCCAUCCACAAGCUGUUUGCGCCCGUGAGGAUCAGCAUCACCUUGGUGUCUGUACCCUUCGUCGUCAGAUAUUUCCGCAGCGCUGGACUCUUUAAACCUCCAGCCGCCAAGCCUUGAGGCCACAGUCUCCUGACCUGCAGCGUUUGGAUUGGUUGCCAGGUGGAUUUCUUUCUUGGUGGGGGGAGAGGGGGGCAGAGGCUAGUUGAUACAUUCCCGAUGGGUUGGUUUUACUUUUACCAGCAAACAUCUGGUGUUUUAAUUUACUUUUUUUUUUUUUUUUUUUUUUUUUUUUGAUGCUGUUCCUCACAUUUUAAGUACCUGACUUAAAAUGUCACCAAGGCAUCAAAAUGAGUUGCCAGCCAGACCUGGUGGUACAGAUCAGUAAAGCCAGCCCCUCUGGAGGCUGAGGCAGGGGGAUCUCAAAUGCAAGCCUGCUUGAGCGCCUUCGUUUAGGGUCAGCUUAACAAUUUAUAAGACUGUGUCUUGCUCGCCAGUGAAGAGAGAGCUGAGGCCAUUACUCACCUGGCACAGAAGAUGCCUAAAUGCCAGCUCAAAAUGAGACUGCCUCCAGAUUGUUCGUCUAGGUCAGUGGGGCAGAAGUGCCGUGUGCAAAGCCCCCGAGGGAUGACCUUUGCUUAGGUUCUUGAAAAGUAGUGGUUAAUUUGCUGGCUUUUCAAACCCCGCCUGCCCUGAUUUGCCACUGGCAGCAGCCUGCAGUUUAAUAUGCAAUAUUCAGCAGACAGCGGACAGCGCCACAAUCAGCGAGGCGGAAAUUAACAAUCCAUAAUCAUGAUCCACAUUAACGUCAAGCCCAUGACAUUCACAGCACUUGCUUUGGGGAAAGCGGGCCAAGAACUUCUCAUGAGCUCCGUCCACUCCAGAUCAUCUUCGAGGCUGGAUGGGAUGGGGCUCUGUGUCUGAAAUUUCAUUGAUACUGGGCAGUGUUGUUUGUAAAAUACAAAAACGCUGCCCAAUUGUAAUGUCUUCACUGGGCUUCUGAUGCCCAUAUUCUGGGGACCUCAGAAACUGACAUAGAAGCUAAAAGCUUUCUAGCUUUCUUAGACAAUCCACUUAGCCAGCUGAAACUUAAGGCAUUCCAGACCUGAAAUGUUUACAAUGUACCACUGAAUUUUUUAAAUUGAAUUAAUCAGAUGCAUAAAAUAUUUGUACCACUUUCUGGGGUGGGGAAGGGAAGGAAAAUAUUGUUCGUUCUAACUGUAAAGAAACCAACCAAGAAAUAAUACAAGCCGGGGAGAAGAGAGAGGUCUUAACUCGGAUUCUAUUGUGUGAUGAAACACCAUGACCAAACUCACAGGCCAUCAACACCAAGGAGAGCCAGAACCCGGAGGCAGGAGCUGACGCAGAAGCCAUGGAAGAGUGCCGCUUACUGCCUUGCUCAGCCUGCUUUAUUAUAGAACCCAGGAGCACCAGCUCAUGGGUGGCAGCGGUUCUCAACUUGUGGGAUGCAACUUCUUUGCCAAACCUCUAUCUCAACUCAAAACAGUAGCAAAAUUAAUUAAAAGUAGCAAUAAAAAUAGCUUUAUGGUUGGGGGCCACCACCCAUGGGAAACUGUGUUAAAGGGUCGCAGCAUCAGGAAGGUUGGGAAGCGCUGGUGUAGACUUGGGAGGUUACAAUAGAAAUUCAAGCAGAGAUUCAAACUGAGACUUCCUCCUCCAGGAAGCCAGGAGCAGUCAGAGCAGGAAUUGGCUCCAUGCCUCAAGCCUCCCCUGUGGGCAGGCUGAUGAGGGGGCACUUGUUCUGGCAGAUCCAAAGGAAACCCCAUUCCCCCGAGGCAGCCCAUAUAUCCAGAAACGGAUUCACCUGGACUAUAUAUAGAAUUUCUGCUGGUUCAAUAAAAAGGAACUUGUCAAACUGGUUCUCUCUACCAAAUGGAGUGAUUCCCCUUACUUCUGGCAGAAGGGGCAUAUGACUUUCCCAUUAAUAUAGACCCAUGGGCAUGCUGGUAUUACAAGAACCCGAUACCCAUUUCAGUGUUCCUGGCCUCCUCCUCCCCUCCUACCCUAAAUUGCCCCCAGCUCACAGGCUUCCCUUCCCCCAGCUACUGUCCUCAGCUGUUCUAAGUCCUCUUGGCUCCUGCUCCUCUAUUCUCUCUCCUGUCCUAGUCUCCCCUCUGUCUCACGGAUACCCCUGGCCAUGUUGACUCUACGUCUCGAUCUGAACUCUCCCAGAUGCCUCUAGCUGUCCUCUCAUAUCUAUAAUAAGAACCUCCCUGCAACCAUCCCAGAUCGGCCUAUAGCUCUCCCCCGGGGAGCUAGUGUUUGAAGUCUGCUCAGCUGCGUGGUGGAAAAGGCUGUGUGCGUUUUUUUCUUGCUCACAAUUCCUUUUAAAUUACACUGACAGCCAGAAGACAAAGGAGAGAACUGUUAACUAGCAGAAUACAUUUUAUAGAGCUCUGCCUGACAGUCUCUUAGCCCAGUUACUGGAGUCAUUUGUCUCAAGUUAACAUUUAAAGGAGUUUUUGUGAGACAAAUUCUCCAUUUGUGACAUCUCUGAAGUGGAAUUGUCUUAUUUUCCUUAGUACAGCCCACUGCCAAGAAAGCUUUCCCUGAUUUCAAAUCAGGAUGUAUUACAGAAACUAAUUCCAAGGACAUCCACAUAGCUGAGCAAGAUGCCCCAGGCCAGUGGCAGGUGGACUGGUUGGGGCCUCUGCAUCAUGCCUGUGUUGAAACAGCCAUGCUAGCUUCAGGCUCUGGAUCCUCACCCAAGCUGCUCUCCCAUUCCAGGUCCUAAGUAACAUCUAUGCAAAGAAGUACAUUGAAAACAGCAAUAAAACUGGUCCUACCCACA